CCUUCGCGCCAAGCCGCCUCCCCCCCUCCACCCCCCUCAUACAUACGGCGAUAUCCAGAGUCGAGAAGCAGAGUAGGGUUCCACUUCCGGCACCGAGAUCUCUGCCCGCCGCCGCUCCCCCCGUCCUCCUUCAGCCCCUCCCUCCUCAAGGCCGGCGCCUCCCCGGACGGAGCGGGCGGUCGCCCUCUUCGAGCUCGACGCCGACCGUCCCGCGGCUCUUCCUCGAUUUCCCUGGGGCCGGUGGUUCUUCAGGUUCAGGGGCCCUUUUAUUGCUUCCCUGAAUAGAUUUUGCUACAAAUAAGGCGCUCAAUCAGUCGACUGUCAUUUAGCCACGAUGUCUUGCGUGGUUAACAGAAUAGAUUUGACCCUCAGAAGACCCGCAAAAUUCAAGAAGACCCGUGUAUUAAGUGAUAUAUACAGUGACAGUUAUGAAGUGGAUUUCACCAGUUUAAACCCUGUCAAGACUGAGAUGAUUGAUUCUGAAGAAUCUGCCUUAACUUCACCCUCAGAACUCAAGGAUCUCAGAGCUCGGUGUAAACCUAAGAAUAAGAAGGCUCCAAAAGCUAUUUCUGAAGAAUCUGGCACUAAGAAUCAGUCUCAGUGUGGGGAUUUUGGGGAUGAAAGAUCAGAUGAGGAAGUUGAUCUUGAUGAGCCUCUUAUUGCUUUGAAACAGAAGAAGGAAAAGAUACCACCUUGUAAAGCAGAAAGAAAGAUGGAUGCAUCAUCUUCUCCACAUGCUACGAAACCAGUUGAUACAUCACCAAAGGGAGAUGAAGUCAGUCCUGUACAAACUAUCCUAUUUGAGUCAACACUCCAUGACUUAAUGACAGUGAAGGUUGAAACAAGAGCUGUAGAUCAAGAGCACUGCAGAAUUGCUAUUGAACAUAAUGAAGAAAUAGCUGGAGAGGACAUCUGCUCUGCCGAAAUGGAAAAUACAGUAUUUCACACCGGUGACCAUCUAUCUGUUGUGCUGCAUCAGUUUCCCAUAGAAGAUAAUGGAUGUGGACAGCAGCCUGGUUUCAUCACCCAACCGAUUGAACAGGAUGUUUCUGACACCGAAGCACAUUUGCAUGACAAUGUGGAGCAAAAAAAGACGGAUCACAAUUUUUCUUCACUAGAUCCCAUUGAUGAAGUGUGCAACCAUCAGAAAUCAUUGGAUGAUACAAGUAAUUCAGAUGUGAAUAAGUCUUCUGUUGGGAAUGAGUUUCUGUUGUCUUCUGUUAAUCGUUCUUGUGAUGAUCAGACAGAUAACAAUGAAUACAGGUAUCCAGAAGUUGUUCAGGUCAAUACAUCAGAAAGCAUAAAACCUGUGGAAGAGUCUUCUCCAAUUAAUGAGUUUAAAACAUAUGUGAGGCGCACAUUGGUAGUCAUGCAACCUGAUUCAUGUGGAAGCACAGACAAGAUUUGUACUUCACUUGAGGAGGUUGUGCAGAUGCCGGUGGAGGGUCAAUCAGAUUCACUAGUCUGCCAUGAUGUGAAAACACAGGAUAUAUUACUGCAUAUGAAUGUUGAACAAGCAGCCACAGGCUACAAUUUCGCUUAUGACAAAACUCUUGAUUUGGCUCAUACUGCUCAUUUUGACGCUCAGGAUGGGCGGCUAGAAAAUAUAGUUUAUGAUGCUCUGAAUAAUCAUGUGCAGCGGAAUUGUUUUGAAACAAAAACUUCUGUUGUAGUUCCAGAUACUGUUGUGAUUCUGAGCCCACCAACUGUAGCAGAUGUUUCACAUGAUGGUCACAUCUUACUUGCCAACAUGGAUGAGCCAUCAAAGGAUAUGAAUCAGCUAAGUGGUACAAUGAAUGUUGACAUUUGUAGAUCUGUUAAUGAUCAAGAAUCAAGAGAAGCAUUUGUUGUUCAACAAGAGUUAUCCCAGGCUUGUGUUAACAUGGGCAAAACUGGAUGUGCAAUAUCAGAUAGCUCCUCUAAUCUUGAAGAAACACAGGAAAUUUCUGCUGAAGCUUCAAUUUCAACUCCAUCCUGCCUGGGAACUGAUGGGCAAACUAGGGCGUCUGAUUCUUCCAUUGAUGAAGGAUCAAUUGAAGUUCAUACUCCAAAAAAACUGUUGUCCAAGAGAAAGACUAUGUCACCAGCUUGUCAGGAGAAGUUUUGCAAUGCUUGGGCUGAUAUUGAUUUGUGUGGAGUCCAAAGGACGAAGAGAAAGAUUAAUCUUGAAGACCAAUCUAUGGUAACCACAGACAGCAAACUUAAGAGCAAAACUUCUGUCUCCACAAGCAAAGGAGAUGUCAAGUCAACAGAAUCUCCAUCUCCUCAGAUGACAAGUCCAUCUGUUCUUUUGGACACUGAGAAAGCUGUUGAGUUUUCACAAAGGCAGAUGCAUGAUAUAGAGAACAUUGCAGCAAAUCUUAUCAGGAGCUUGAAGCACAUGAGAAGUUUAGUGGACGCAAAUUUGUCAUCGGAAUCACAUUCUUUGCUUCCCAGUUUUAACACUGCCGAGAUGAGAGCAGCAUCCAAGGAUGCAUUAGAUGUCGAGAGAACUACAAGGAAAUGGUUGUCUAUAAUGAACAAGGAUUGCAACCGCUUUUGCAAAAUAUUGACGCUGGAGGGAAAGAAGGCUGUUCCACAUCCACAAGCGCCGAGGAAACGUAGGAAGAUAACGUUCGCGGAUGAAGCUGGAGGAACGCUCUGCUCUGUUAAGGUGUUUACUGAUGGACAGACCUCUCCUUCCGCAUGCCAGGGCGAGUUAUGAACAUUAUUUGGGCUGAUAGCGUCAGGCAAUUCUUUCAUAAUAAGUUGAUUAUGAUAAUGAAGAAUCAAACAAGAUGGCCCUGGUUUUUUUUUUUGUUUAGAGAGAGAUGGAUGGCCCUAGAGUUGGGAACCAAGUAACGGGGGAAUGCUUCUGUCAUUGUGUCUAUACUUGUUUUUCUUCUAGCAGUGUAUUAUGUUUAGAUGCUUAGAGUCCAUGUGGAGUGGCUUCUGAAACUGUUCCAUCAGAAUGCCACUUGUUGUAGUUUGUAGACAAGAAUCAACUUGCUGCAAUUUGAUGUUGCAGUUGAUUUGAUUGUACAACUGAUUGUUUCUUGA